UUGCCCCCAAAAGCAGAAGCUGCAGCAAUUCAAGAGCAAGGAGAAAUGGCGUCCACUGCCCUGCGGAGCUGCGCCGUUCUCUUCCCCAGCCUCCUCUCGUCUUCCAAGUCCAAGUUCGCCGCCGGCUCCCUCACCCUCCCAGCCUCCCAUGGUGCCUCCGCCGGCCGCUUCUCCAUGACUGCCGACUGGAUGCCCGGCCAGCCCCGGCCGCCCUACCUAGACGGCUCAGCCCCCGGUGACUUCGGGUUUGACCCGCUCCGUCUCGGAGAGGUUCCGGAGAACCUGGAACGGUACAAGGAGUCCGAGGUCUACCACUGCCGGUGGGCGAUGGCCGCAGUGCCGGGGAUCUUGAUUCCGGAGGCGUUGGGACUGGGCAACUGGGUGAAGGCCCAGGAGUGGGCGGCCGUGCCCGGCGGCCAGGCCACCUACCUUGGCAACCCGGUGCCGUGGGGUACGCUGCCGAUCAUCCUUGUCAUUGAGUUCCUCGCGAUCGCCUUCGUGGAGCACCAGCGCAGCAUAGAGAAGGACACGGAGAAGAAGAAGUACCCCGGCGGGGCCUUCGACCCCUUGGGCUACUCCAAGGACCCUGUCAAGUUCGAAGAGUACAAGGUCAAGGAGAUCAAAAAUGGUCGGCUCGCUAUGUUGGCAUUCGUGGGAUUUUGCGUGCAGCAAUCUGCUUACCCGGGCACUGGACCUUUGGAGAACUUAGCCAGCCAUUUGGCUGAUCCAUGGCACAACAACAUCGGGAACAUUGUGAUCCCCAGAUCCAUUGUGCCAUGAGUUAGAGGGGCUUGUAGCUUCCUCGCUACACCGUAAUUAAAAUUUCAUGUCGAACAUGCCUUGGCCCUGUUGGGUAGUUUGUUGUAUUUAAUCGGUGACACGAUCGAUAUUAGUUGCAUGAUCUUGUUUCUAAUCCAAAAAAUUUGGACAA